CUGGUUAUCGGGGAACUCCUCACUAGGAAUGGCACUUAUAUGAAGAAUAUAGGCGACGGUUUGUGGCUUAUAAUGGAAGAGAGCAGUUGGGAAACACCCGGACAUAUGAGCAUCCAGAAAGCCGGUCCGGGACUUCCAGACCCCGAUCAGAAUAUAAUUGAUCUGCGAGUUGGGGAAAUGGCGUCCACUGUUUCCAUCAUAAAACUAUUGUUAAGGGAUGAGUUGGAUAAAGUGAACAAGAUGUUUGUCAAACGGAUCAACUAUGAACUGAACAGACGUGUA